AAUGGCAAGGGGCAGAUUUAUUGAUUCAGGACAAGGGACAGUGUAAGAGAAAAGGGAUCACGUAGAGUUGGUUAUCCAUGUAGAGCAGCAGGCUGGGGAGGCGAGGCAGACAGAGUGGCACACAGUAGGGUGGUACAGACAUACGUCCGCCUCCCAGGAGGAGGUUCUCUUACUGUCGGGGGGAGGAGGGAGCUGCAGCCGGCCGGGCGUGAACCUCAAUCCUAGGAAAGGCACAAACUUCCCGGUCUGGGAGAUUAUUUCGUGGAAGGGGGAUUUAUUGAACAAGAAAAUAAGACCCACACCCCCCUCUGAUUGAGGGGGGUUCCCAGACAUCAGGAGAUCCCGAAAAUCCCCCACUGAGGAGAACAAGAUGGGCAGCACUAAGAGUAAGCCCCGGGAGGGGGGACCCCGGAGCCGCAGUUUGGACAUCGCAGAAGGAUCCCAUCCCCCUUUCACAUCACUAUCUGCCUCUCAAACUCCCAGCAAGAGCCUGGAACAUCAUCGCCCUGCUCCACCCUUUGGGGGUAACUUUGACCUCACUCCGUUUGGGGGGGUGAACUUCCCAGACAACAUUACCUCUCCUCAGCGAAUGGGACCACUGUCAGGUGGGGUCACCACUUUUGUGGCUUUGUACGAUUAUGAGUCUCGCACAGAGACAGAUCUGUCCUUUAAGAAGGGAGACAGACUGCAGAUCGUCAAUAAUACACGACCAGAUAUCAGGGAGGGAGACUGGUGGCUGGCUCGUUCUCUCAGCUCUGGACAAACUGGGUAUAUCCCCAGCAACUAUGUGGCACCUUCAGAUUCCAUCCAGGCAGAGGAAUGGUAUUUGGGGAAGAUCACUCGCAGAGAGUCAGAACGGUUAUUGCUAAACCAAGAAAACCCUCGGGGGACUUUUCUGGUACGAGAAAGUGAGACUACGAAAGGUGCGUACUGUCUGUCUGUCUCUGAUUACGACCCAUCUCGUGGUCUGAAUGUCAAACAUUACAAAAUCAGGAAGUUGGACAGCGGCGGCUUCUACAUUACAUCUCGGACUCAGUUCAGCAACUUGCAGCAACUGGUGGCCUACUAUAGCAAGAACGCAGAUGGACUGUGUCACCGACUCACUACUGUAUGUCCCACCUCAAAGCCUCAGACCCAAGGGCUGUCCAGGGAUGCCUGGGAGAUUCCACGAGACUCGCUGCGAUUAGAGUUAAAACUUGGACAGGGUUGCUUUGGGGAGGUGUGGAUGGGCACGUGGAAUGGAACAACAAGGGUGGCUAUUAAGACGCUAAAGCCUGGUACUAUGUCACCUGAGGCUUUUCUACAGGAAGCCCAGGUCAUGAAGAAGCUUCGCCAUGAAAAGCUUGUCCAGUUGUAUGCUGUUGUGUCUGAGGAACCAAUCUAUAUUGUGACAGAAUAUAUGAGCAAAGGUAGUCUGCUAGAUUUCCUAAAGGGUGAGAUGGGGCGCUAUUUGAGGCUCCCUCAGCUUGUGGAUAUGUCUGCACAGAUUUCCUCUGGCAUGGCCUAUGUGGAGCGUAUGAAUUAUGUGCAUCGUGAUCUCCGGGCGGCAAACAUCCUGGUGGGAGAGAAUCUAGUGUGUAAAGUGGCUGACUUUGGGCUGGCGCGACUAAUUGAGGAUAAUGAGUACACAGCACGGCAAGGUGCCAAAUUUCCUAUUAAGUGGACAGCCCCAGAGGCAGCGCUUUAUGGAAGAUUUACCAUUAAGUCAGAUGUCUGGUCUUUUGGAAUCCUCCUUACAGAGCUAACCACAAAGGGUAGAGUGCCAUACCCUGGCAUGGUAAACCGUGAGGUGUUAGACCAGGUUGAGCGUGGGUACCGUAUGCCUUGUCCACCAGACUGCCCAGAGUCUCUACACGAUCUAAUGUGCCAGUGCUGGAGAAAAGAUCCUGAAGAGCGUCCAACGUUUGAGUACCUGCAAGCAUUCCUAGAGGACUAUUUUACUGCAACUGAACCCCAAUAUCAGCCUGGAGACAACCUCUAGAAAGCCAAACUGAAUUGUAGGUCAAUCUCUAGGCCCAGAUGCAAGAUGUCUGGCAGGACUCAUCCCUGACCACUGAAUUAUGCAUAGCAGUUGUUGACUGAUCAUCUUCCAUAGUCAGGUGGUACGUUCUGUUACUACUGAGGGUAGACAAAGAAGUCUCCCUUCUCUACUCCCUAUCUGCUAUGCUAACAUUUUAAUUCCAUCACCUAUUUAUGUCACAGGGAUUUCUGUGUGUCCCCUUGAAUUUUGGGACUGAAUUGUGGAUGCAGCUGUUGCCACUCACUGUGGUAUUUUCCCAGGGAAGAGUUCAUCUUUCUUCCCUCUUCAUAUAGCGAGAGGUCGGAGCUUUUUAAACAACCAUGUUUUGCAACUCUUACAAUGGAAUUGACUUUGUAAAUAAUGUACUUGGGUGAUAAAACCGCACCUCCCUGCUCGCCCAUCACUGUAAAACAAACUGGCAGACUGAGAAUAGACUGAUAUGUUGCCCUUCCACUCUGGAUUUUUACUCUCCUUUUCUAUAUUUGUGGGUUUUGGAUUGGGGUGGGGGAGGGGGGUUAGGUGCAUUUAAACAUCCUUAUGAGGGCUGUGCCCCUGUUUUGUCUUCCAGGUCUCCCUUUCUAUACUUUCUUAUGUGGUGAGAAGACUGAGCUAUCUCAGUUCAUGUACGAUGAGAGAAUGACAGCCUUUCAUCUAGCUAUCGAUAAGCUAUAAAAUGCAUUGGGAUUCAUGUUUUCCUUUUAACCCUCUUGGAACUUCUGUUUUAAAGUCUCUCUGCUGUAAAGUGCCAAAGCACCUGUGAAUCCUGGCAUGAAUUUCCUACAAAUCUGGCCUAAUGUAGGGUUUGAAAUAUGUAAAUUUGAAAUAAUUUGUCUUCAGAAUUUACAGGAGGAUUAUUUGGGGGGUGGGGGGUCCUUUGCAUUACAUCCACAUCCAGUGUUGAAUGGAUUGUCUAAAGUGCCACUAUCAUGACAGGUAAAGAAGCACUUAAUUAUGAGACCUAGUUCUUUGUUAAAAUGGGUUUUGUUUUUAAAAGUACUUUCUUUGUACAUGCUUUUUUUGUUUUGUUUUUUAAUGGUUUUCUAAAGCUGCAUAUGGUUAUGCUUUAGUUUAAACCUCCGCUGCAGCCAGGAGAGAGAGGUUUUUUAUGUUAGAAACAUCUGUUUAGAAAAUCACCCCUGAUGUCUUCCGUAUACUUUUUAUUUGAAUGCAGAUGUUUACAAGUUAGAAUACAGUAAAGCCAACCAGUUGCAGUGAGUGGCAGCGCAGAGAUGAGCAUAACGUUUGAUUUUUAAUUUCAUCACUAUAAAGACUUUAUUAUAUUAAAAAGAAAAUGGCUAUAUGGUUCCUUAAGUAAAAGUAUUUCUCUAUAGCCCAGGAUAGUGUCUUCUAAAACUGACUGUAUAAUAUAAUUUCUGCUAGAGAGCUGCCAGGCUACUCUGGCAGCAAAGGGGGUUACAUUUUACAAUUUUCUUGAAACUGUAUUAUAGGUAAAUAGUUUUUUAAUUUACUGUAGUCUUUUGGAACCUGACUUAUCGAUAAAGGUUUUUUUUUUUUUUUUUUUGGCCGAAGGUCUGGGAUUACUGUUUUAACCCUAUCUGGUACCACAUUCUAGCUUGGGCUAGUAGUAGGUUAAUCCUAAUUUUCUCAGGGAUGGGGAGGUGUGGAGUUUUAAACUGCCAAUUAGAGGAGAGGAUAGGGGAGGGGCUUGGCAGACAGUGUUCUUCAAACAUGCUCUGGUACUCACAAUUUUAUUUUAACUCAUCUAGUGUUUGUAGCUGCUAUUUACAUCUUUGUUUUUGUGUGAAUACUGCUCUGUUGCUAAUGCCUCUCCCUUAUGGUGCCAAUCUAAUUUAUAUGCUGGGGUACGUGUUUUUUGUUUAUAUGCCACUUGGGUGCAGAGCUAGAAAUAUAUCUUCUGCCUGCUAACCCAGAUACACUGUAUGUAUAAGAUUUUUUUAUGGACACGUGUAGAAUGCCAAUGUUUAAAUGUCAGAAUAAGCAAAUAGAUGGGAAAGGGAAGAAAAAGGGUGCAUUAAUAGUAACACAAACAUUGGCACUACUGCUUUUUAUUUUUAGCAAUAAUAUUGUACAUGGAAUAAAGAGUUAGAUAUUUG